AUGUCUGGGCAGGGCGCAGGCGGCGGCAUGAAGAUCCGGCUGAAAGUUGUCGCUGGCAGCGGCGCUGGGCAGGCAGCGGGCAGCGGCGGCGGUGAGGGGUCUAGGCGCAGGCGGCGCCAGGAGGAGGACGAUGAGGACUACCACCCCGGCGCCGAGGGCGACCCCGAUGUGGUGAUCAUCAGCGAUGAGGAGGCGGAGGAGGGGGAGGAGGAUGAGGCGUAUGUGGCUGGGGAAGAUGAUGAGGAGGACGACGAUUUUGAGGUGUAUGAUUCAGAGGAGAAGGAGGAGGCGGCGGCAGGAGGCGCACCCGGCAGCAAGGCCGGUGGCAGCAGGCCCGCGCGCAAGCCGACACGCGGCCGCGGCGCGCCGGGCAGCAAGGCCGGGCAGAGGGUGGUGCUGGAUGCGCCGGCUCGCGGGGCGCGAAAGGCCAGGGCGGCAGGCGGCCGCGGGCGGGGCGGGCAGAGGAAGAAGGCGGCCGCUGCGCCCGCGGCCUCCCGCCGCCGGCCGCGCCCCGCUGAGCUGGCGGAGGAUGCUGACCUGGAGGAAGAGUUUGUGUCUGACGAGGACUAUGAGGGGGAGGAGGGGGGCGGUACGUACCGCCUGGGGGCGGCAGACGAGGAGUACCGCGACUUCACAUCCCUCAGGCUCAAGCCAGACCACUUCAACAGGCGAGCGGGGGCUGGCCUGGGAGGGGGCGGGGAUCGCGGGGGGCCGCUGUGGGUGUGCCCCGACUGCCGGGUCUUCCUGGAGACCUUUUCUCCCGUCUACAAGCAGGCCUACGACUUCCUCAUCGCCAUCGCAGAGCCCGUGUCCAGGCCCGAGUUCAUCCACGAGUACCAGCUGACCCCCCACUCCCUCUACGCCGCCGUCUCCAUCGGCCUGGAGAUGGGCACGAUUGUGGGGGUGCUGGGGCGCCUGUCCAAGAACGUGCUGCCGCGCGAGAUCCGGGAGUUCAUCCAGGGCUGCACACAAAACUACGGCAAGGUCAAGCUCGUGUUGCAGCACAACCGCUUCUUUGUGGAGAGCCCUCACCCAGAGGUGCUGCGCGCGCUGCUGGCCGACCCUGUCAUCCGAGACGCCGCCAAGCUGCCCAGCAAGGCGGCCGCGGGAGGGGCAGCGGUGGCGGCGGGAGCGGCCGGGGCAGGCGAGGCGGAGUUCCGGGUGGGCGCGGCGCGGCGGGACCGCGCCGUCGCUGACCUGGCGCAGAUGGAAGAGAUCGACCUGGCGGCGGCGGAGGACGCGGAGGAUGAGGAGGCGCAGCGGCAGGCGGCGGGGGGGCAGGGCGCCCAGGCGGCUGCCGCGGGGGAGCAGGCGCCGCACCGCCCCUCAUACCUGCUGGAUGCAGUGGAGGACCCCGACAGGGAGCUGCACUCCUUUGAGGUGGAGGCCGCCAAGCACCGCCCCUACCAGGAGAAGAGCCUGUCCAAGAUGUUUGGCAACGGGCGCGCGCGCUCCGGCAUCAUCGUGCUGCCGUGCGGCGCGGGGAAGAGCCUGGUGGGGGUGUCGGCGGCGGCGCGCAUCAAGAAGGGCUGCCUGUGCCUGUGCACCAACGGCGUGAGCGUGGACCAGUGGAAGUACCAGUUCGAGAUGUGGACCAACGUGCCGAAGGACCAGGUGUGCCGCUUCACCAGCCAGACACGGGAGUGGUUUGAGGGGCCCACCGGCGUCUGCAUCACCACAUACACAAUGGUGGCGUUCACGGGGCGGCGCAGCACCGAGGGCGAGCGCAUCAUGAGCCAGAUCAUGAGCAGGGAGUGGGGCCUGCUGCUGCUGGAUGAGGUGCACGUUGUCCCCGCCGCCAUGUUCCGAAAGGUGCUGGGCAUCGUCAAGGCGCACUGCAAGCUGGGGCUGACCGCCACGCUGGUGCGGGAGGACUCGCUGAUCGGGGACCUCAACUUCUUGAUAGGCCCUAAGCUUUAUGAGGCUAACUGGCUGGACCUGACGCGGGGCGGGCACAUUGCAAGCGUGCAAUGCGCAGAGAAGAAGGCGCGGGCGGGGCGCGCGGGGGCGGGGGAGGAGUUUGACGCCUUCUUCUACACCCUGGUCACACUGGACACGCAGGAGGUGUACUUCAGCGCCAAGCGCCAGCAGUUCCUCAUCGACCAGGGAUACUCGUACAAGGUCAUACCGCACCUGCUGGAGGCCGCGGGCGCGGAGGGCCCCGACGGCGGCGGGCUGCUGCUGUCGUCACACGAGGAACAGCUGGAUGUGCUGGCUGCCAUCCUGGCGGUCACCGAUGCUGACCUGGCGGAGGAGGAGACCGAUGAUAAGGACGACAUCGCCAACCUCGGCAAGAAGUCUGCCACGCGGCGUGUGGUGGGCGACAUGGCUGCGCUGUCGGGGGCGGCUGGCAUGCGGUACAUGGAGUACAGCACGGGGGCGGGCGGAGGGCAGGGCGGGCGCGCCCGGCCGCCCGGCGGCGGCAAGCUGGCCAAGAUGGCGAAGAAGUAUGGGUGAGGUACCGCGGCGGUACGGCCAACCGCAAAGGUACGGCUGGCGACCCCGCUGUAACCAGAGAAAUAGGCAGCUGUAACAUCAAUAAAUUCAUUCGGCAAUAUGAACAAGUAGUGCUGUAGGAAUCCAGACCAAUCCAUUUAAUUACCCGCCUUUUCAACUCAACUCCUCGACCUGGUGCUGUGCUGCCAAUGCGCCGCCUCUGUAACGCCUGCCCAGGC